AUGGUCCAGCACGCCUAUCUGCCCAACGGGCAGGUAUACACGGUCACCCCCGUCUUCGGUGGCUUCACGUUCAAAUCGACCAACCUCGAUUUGCAUCACUCGGCAAUGCCCCCAGGAUGGACCGUGAUCCUCCAGACGGAAGACGAGGUGGAGGACGAAGAGCGCCGAAACAGUCGAGUGGCAGUCAAUUCAGGCGGGGACACGGACCAGACAGGACACAAACAUACCGUGACGCAUCGAUUCACCAAGCCUACUAUUCAGAGAGACUCCCUCUUUAUCUCCUCCAUCUCCAUGCCCUCAAGUUCUGAUUUCAAAAAUACCGCCUCGCCGACCCGACAUAUUGCGAUGAUGCUGUGGGCGACUCUGUGCUGGUACUUUCACAAGGAGCCUCCGAAUCCCCACGCUCUGACCGAGGCAUCUGCAUUGACCCCAGAGGCAGGGCGGCCCAAGCUGGAUUGGCGCAUCAAGAUCAAAAGAGAAGGCAUUUUUAAAGGGAAGAACACGCUGCAGAAGCUCGAACGGAUGGGCCUAAUAGCAAGUGAGGACUCUUGCGUGGGCACCGAUACUAACACUCGGUUGCCCAGCGGCUGGGCCGAAACCUUUGUGAGCAGGAGGUCAUUCUGGCAGAUUGACGCCAGAAUCUUCCUCUACACAAUGGCGCCUCAAUCGCACUCGCCAUUUCCGCAAGCUUCACCUUACCCGUCCCGUCCGUCCUCACCAGACCGGACGGUCGUGCCUGAACGCGGCUCACCUCGACCAACUGACUAUGUGACGAAUGCGGCACUGUCAGACACCUUCAAUCCAGGAUUCUGGUCGCCGGGAGGCCCUUUUAACUCUGGAAGUCAUCUGCCCACGUUCUAUCCUCCCCCGCCAACUCAGUUUACCUUCACCAACCACAUCCGCCAUCCGAUACGCCCCAAACCACCUCGGCAGGGCGAAUCGUUUUACAACCGCUAUAUUCCUAGCCUUGGCCAGUGGCUUUCCUUCCGCGUACCGACCCUAUCUCCGAAGCCAUUGCCUCCGCCUCACUUUUUGCCGGCCUCAUCGUCCAUGCCCGCAGUACUGCCGAGCCACACGGCGGCCGUAUCCAUUGCGACAUUGCCAACGAUGGACAACUUUCUGGACAAACCGUCUGACCUGGACUUGCUCCACAAGUGGAUGAAUAACCCCCGAGUCAACGCGGCCUGGGGUGCUGCCGGGCCGUUAAGUACGCAACACAAGUUUUUGAUUGAUGGCCUCCAAAGCCGACACUCGUUCCCUGUUUUCGGCUGCUGGGACGGCAAACCCUUUGGCUACUUUGAGAUAUAUUGGGUGAAGGAGGACCGAUUAGGCCGACUCCUCGGUGGAGAGGUUGGAAAUUACACGCGCGGAUUGCAUGUGGCAAUUGGGGAGGAGGAGUUCCGAGGCCCGCAUCGAGUCAAGGUCUGGCUGUCUGCGCUGGUGCAUUACUGCUGGCUCGCGGAUUCUCGAACCGAGACUGUGAUGUUGGAGCCGCGGAUUGAUAACGAAAAAUUUAUUGAUUAUCUGAAAGAUGCGGGGUUUUACAAGCAAGGCGAGGUUACCUUCCCACAUAAGCAAUCGGCUGUCAUGAAGAUUGACCGGGAAUCUUGGGAAGCACCCGAGCUCUAG